CAUUGGUUUGGUUGGUUUGCUGAAGUGAAUGCAUGAUUCUGAUGGUUUUUGGGGAUCUCAAGUGUCAUCGUUGCUUUCAACUUCUUGCUGGCUUGCUAGCUAGAGCUGCUACACUCACAUAAAAGAAAAGAGAGAGAGAGAGAGUUUGAAAGGAAAGAGAGAACUAAGUAGUAUCAGUAAUAUCAGUAUCAUCAACCAUGUGGAGUUUGAAUCCAGCGUUCUACCUGCAACAUGCGUGGGCCAAAACGAAUUCCGGUUGGGGCAAGAUGUCCUUGGUUCUGUUCUAUUUGUUCAUUUGGCUUGGAAUUCUGAAAUGCCUCUACGGUCUGUUCGAUCCCACCAUGAUGGGACGCUUGACUUGCUUUAUGAAAUACACCAACAGUAACGACGACAUUUUCUUUUUCAUGAUGGCGCGUGGAUGCUUUCUGUACGGGUUGGCCUUUUUGGUUUACGCAGACAAGGGAGGCUUGCAUUCCUGGAAUGUGGGCUUUGUCACAGUAGUGGUGCUCCUUUGGAUUUGGAUAGCCGAAUGCACCUUUAGCAAAAUGGACAAAGCCCUCUACGACGAGUGCGUUGGAGGAAUGGGCAACUGGGUUUGGGUGUCCAUUGCUUGGGUACUCUUGACUUUUAUUGGUAUUGUGGUGGACGAGAAAAAGGCUGAUAAUGGGACUGAAGCAGAGCGAAGCAAUCUUGUGUGAAGCUACCUGUACCAAACCUGAUACCUGUGAGCUGAGGAAUUGAAUUGAAUUGAAUUGAAGCAAUUGAAUUGAGUGUGUUGUAAUGUAGGUACUGAGUAAAUGAAUGAUGAAUGAUUAUCUAUUUGAUAAUAACUGUGAUAUCGCACAAACCACAGUUCUUCACAAAAUGCAUGAAGACGGUGUACGUGCAGCAGAGAGUGGCUCUCUUCUCCGUCAACUCUUUCUCUCAUUACCUACAAGUAUCCGCUAGCUAGCUAGUGUCCAUGAAUUAAUUCACCUAUCAGCUAAGACCUUGUGUAUCACCUGUGAACUCAACACUGAGCUGCUA